AUGAUCCAACUGGACUCAAACCUGAAAUUAAGCAAUAAACAAAGUGAUCUUAUUUCUCUCCUCUCUCCCAGAUUCUUCAGCUCAGUCAUGUCCUGUUUGUUCCCUGCUUCAGAAACAUCAUCUCAGAAACUCGCCCUAAGAGCAUCCUUCAUAUUCCUACUGCACCUCAACCUCAUCCCGUCCGCGCGCUCUGAUUGGCCGCUGCGCCUCCUGUGGGCGGGACUAAAGACAAUAGAGCAGAGAGGAUCUGUCCCGGGGAAAGUGACCGUCACAUCAUCCGAGGCGCAGGCGACUAGUCCGGGCUUCUCCCACCUCUCCAUCCCCCUGACAUCACCCAUGUCCCGAGUCCGACCUGCGUAG